AUGGACAAUGUGACGUUGGAGAGCCUCCCAGAUGACUUGGGCCUGGUGGACUACAACUAUCUGGCCCUGAUUUUGGGGGUGGCUCUCAUAUUGAUCAUAAUCCUGGGAAACAUCCUGGUGUGUUUGAGCGUGCUCACGGAGCGCUCCCUCAAAACUGCCACCAACUACUUCAUCUUCAGUCUGGCCAUAGCUGACCUGCUGCUGGCUGUGCUGGUGCUGCCCCUCUACGUCUACUCUGAGUUCAUGGGAGGAAUAUGGACACUGAGCACUUCCACUUGCGACGCACUGAUGACGAUGGAUGUAAUGCUGUGUACCGCCUCCAUCCUCAAUCUGUGUGCUAUCAGUGUGGACAGGUACAUUGCAGUGGUAGUACCUCUCAAGUACAACAGAAACCAGUUCAGUGUACGGCAGCUGGCCCUCAUCACUGCCACCUGGGUUUUGUCUCUGGGUGUAGCUAGUCCUGUCAUCUUCGGUCUGAACCAGGUUCCAGGACGAGACCCCAGUGUGUGUAAACUGGAGGAUGAUCGCUUCGUGGUCUAUUCCUCAGUCUGCUCCUUCUUUGUGCCUUGUCCUGUCAUGCUCUUCUUGUAUUACUGGAUGUUUCGUGGUCUUAAACGCUGGAGUGGGCGCUCACGAUCCCAGGCUGGAUGGGAUAAUCGCCACACCCUCUCCUUGCACUUAAACUCCGCCCUCCGCCGCGCUAAAGCCUCGACAACAGGAAGUCAAGAAAAGGUUGUGUAUGCAGUGGCACCUGGUCUGAGCCCAACUUCCCCCUCCACUAUUUCCCAGAUUACUCCAUCGAUUACCCCGGUGACUGAUGAGCAGGAUGGGGAAGCUGUGGUGAUGGAGAGUGACCCCAUGACAAUGCAGAAUGACAGCGUGUCCGAUGCAGACCUGACAGAUAGGAGGGAUGGCAGCCGGCGAGGAAAAUGUUCCUCCAAAAGCAACACAGUGAAAAGAGGUAGAAGAAACAGCAAGAGCAGCAGAGUGAGUGGCCGUGAGCGCAAAGCCAUGAAGGUCCUGCCAGUGGUAGUAGGUGUGUUCCUGGCCUGCUGGACUCCAUUCUUCGUAGUUCACGUCACUAAUGUGUUGUGUCAGUCCUGCCACAUCGGUCCCACCCUGAUUUCAGUAGUAACCUGGUUGGGUUAUGUCAAUAGCGCAGUGAAUCCCAUCAUUUACACAGUGUUUAACCCGGAGUUCAGAAACGUCUUUCACAAACUGCUUUGCUGCCAGACAUGAGACUGAAUCCAUGUGUCUCAUUGUCCCUGAAAACAUUUUUUUAAAAUCAAAACUACCAAGGUGUCUACUAUGGUGUCUUCUUGGCCCAGAGGCAUAAAAUGUGAUCAUGUGUGAACCAUGGACUGAGGUUAAUUGUUUUAUUUUAGAGAAUAAUCUGUGCAAAUUAAUACCAUGA